UAUCUAAAGUUACAUGAUUAUUAUCUGCUCUAUCCAAUGAUUUCCUGACAACUGUUAAUGAGUAUAUAUAUAUUCUUUUUGUAACUAUUAUAAUUAUACAUUACUGCAAUUUAGCAUUAAUGAUCCCAAAGAAAGUGAUAAGACCUGCAUACGUAAUACCAGCCUCAUUACACUAUAUAAACAAGAGCAUUAUCAAGUGCCAACAUAUCUCUAUCAUUCACCAACACAAAACAAUGCCAAAGGGAAGGAUAAAAAUAGAGCCCAUGACUAAUAGCACUGCAAGGAACCAAACUUUCAGGAAGAGGAAGACAGGUUUACUUAAAAAAGCCAACGAGCUGUCAACUCUCUGCGGUGUCAAAGUUUGUGUGGUUAUCAACAGCUGCGACAACACGGAGACGGAGUUUUGGCCGUCAAGGGAAGGCGCUGAAGCAGUGCACUCGGCGUUUAUGGGUGUUCUGCCGGAGGAACGGUGCAAGAAGAUGUACGACCAAGAGAGGCAUCUGGAGGAGAGGAUCCAGAAGGGACAAGCGAAAGCGAUGAGGCUACAAGCGGAGAAUCGAGAGAUUGAGCUUAGAGAGGUUAUGUUCGAUCUUUUCAAGGGGGAGACGCUAAAGCCGCAUCACUAUGAUGAUCCAUGUUUUAUUGGAGAACUAAAUCAUUUUAUUGGUGAUUAUGUCAAAAAUCUAAGUCACAGGAUCGAGUUCCUCGAGGCGAAUGGUGAGCCAGUUCCUCCUAAUGUCGCUGCUACAGAUGCGUCUGGUCCUGUCGUUGGUGAUGCGAACCCUUUUGUUGUCGGAACUGAGGGUUUGGUAAGUAACCCUACUGAAGCUUAUGAUCAUAUGCGUCAAUUUGAUGGUAUGGAUAUGAGUGUGAAGGAGGAGGCUCCUGGAGGUUUUAAUGAUCAUGUUCAUCAUCAGAAUAUGAAUCAUCAAGAACCAUUUCAAUACCAAACUCCUACUAACUUUUAUGAUCAGACUCAGCCCAUGUUUUAUGGUUCGAGCCAGGGUAUGAAUAUGAAUCGUGAAGAACCAUUUCAAUACCAAACUCCUGCUAACUUUGAUGAUCAGACUCAGCCUAUGUUCUAUGGUUCGAACCAGGAUAUGUAUACAGGUUUGAAUCAUGAUCAGGGACAGAGUUCGAAUCAGUAUCCAAAUUCAAACCAAUCGUUCGUGGGUCUUUUGAUGGGACAACCUCAGCAGAUGAGUGAUGGUCAAGAUCCUGCAACCGUUGCUUCGAUGGAUGACAAAAAUAAUGGCUAUUACCAACUACCAAUCACCAGUCAGAUGCUUCUCACCACCACCACCGCCGCCGCUGCCGAUCUUUCUGGUCAUAGGAUCAACAAUGGUUGGCUAACAAGGUUUGGUUUGGAUUGAAGUUUUUUGCGUUUGCAAUUCUGAAUUUUCAUAUUGUAAUGAUUAAAGGUUUUCGCCUUUAAAUCAGUUAUGAUUAUCAGGCAAUGUUGUGUCGUGUACCAUAUUGUCCUUGAAUAUUUUAUUGUUUCGAAUAAAGACUAUUGUUUUUUUAUAUUAAAUCAU